AGAUAAGACAUUAUGGAGGAUGAAGAAUACAAGAAACUCCCUGUGGAUGAGAGGUGUAUACAUAAACAAUGGAAAGGUAGAGUUAAUGGAUAUGAAGAAGUCACAAUGCUUUUUCGCCAAAUUGAUGAUGAAAAGUCACCUGAAUUUGGCAAGUACUUGGGACUUGUCAAAAAAUUUGUGGUAGAUAGCAAUGCAAUGGGACAAGAGAAAGGUUUGGAAGCAACUUUAGCCUAUGUGGAAAAUUAUGCUCAUGCAGGAAAGACUGUAUCUGAGGUAAUGUCAGGUGUUGUUGCAAAAUGUAUAGCAGCACCAAGAACAAAAACCAGGGAGUUAGCUUUGCAACUUACACUUAUGUACAUUGAAAUUGAAAAGCAUGAAGCUGUUUUAGAAGAGCUUACUAAAGGUAUGGAUUUGAAAAAUCCCAAAAUUGUGUCUGCUUGUGUGAAUGCUAGCACAGUGGCCUUGAGAGAGUUUGGAUCCAAAAUAAUAAAUGUCAAGCCUUUGUUGAAGAAGAUCAGUACUUUGCUGGCAGAUAGAGAUAAAACAGUUAGAGAUGAAACAAAACUGAUGAUUAUAGAGAUGUAUAGAUGGAUAGGAGCAGCUCUAAGGCCCCAAUUACAGGCAGCCAGUUUACAACCAGUGCAGAUCACAGAACUAGAAGCAGAAUUUUCGAAAAUCGAAGGAAAAAAGGCUUCGCCUACGAGAUAUAUAAGAUCACAGCAAGUGAAACAGGCUAAACUUGCAGCUGAAGCAGCAGAAGUCGAAGGUGAAGAUGAACCUGAUGAUGUGGAAACUCAGCCAGAAAUUGAUCCUUACGAGUUGGCAGACCCAGUUGAUAUUUUAUCGAAAUUACCCAAAGACUUUUAUGAACAAAUAGAAGCCAAGAAGUGGCAAGAUCGAAAAGACGUUUUAGAAUCUUUGGAAAAGCUGAUUAAAGUUCCCAAGUUAGAAAAUGGUGAUUACGGUGACAUGGUUAGAGCACUCAAAAAGGUGGUACAAAAAGACAGUAAUGUUAUAUGUGUUGCUAUUGCUGGAAGGUGCAUCGCUGGUCUUGCAAGUGGACUAAAGAAAAAAUUUCAGACCUAUGCCGGUUUUGUCAUCCCAGCCAUUUUGGAAAAAUUUAAAGAAAAGAAACAAAAUGUUGUUACUGCACUUCGAGAGGCUAUCGAUGCUGUUUAUUUAACAACAACUCUAGAAGCCUUCAUGGAAGACGUGCUGGAGGCUUUGAAUAACAAAAACCCGUCUGUUAAGGUCGAGACUUCUUUAUUUUUAGCAAGGGCAUUCACGAAAACUUUGCCUACAGUUGUUAACAAAAAAUUACUCAAAGUUAUUACUACCGGUUUGACUAAAACAAUAAAUGAGUCUGACCCUAACGUUAGAGAAUCCUCAGCCGAAGCACUAGGAACACUGAUGAAGUUGGUGGGCGAAAAAGCUAUAGCUCCAUUUUUAGUUGAACUAGAAAAAGACACGUUGAAAAUGUCGAAAAUUCGUGAGAAUUGUGAAAAAGCUGUAAUUCAAGUAAAAGUGCCAGGUGCAAAGAAGGAAAGGCCUGCAACUGCUCCACCAAAAGUAGAAGCCCGUAAAGCUGACGCACCAAAAGCUGCUGCGAAAAAAACAGCUCCUGCCAAGAAAAAAUCUGCUGAAAUAUCAUCAGGAACAGCAACAGUUGUGAGGUCAAAAGGAACUAAAGGCUUAUCAAAAUCACCAUCUCAAAAUAUUGAGAAGGAACUUGUUGAUGAAGAGGUCGAUGAAAUCAUAGCUGGAAUUUUAAGUGCCGAGAUUGUUGGAGAAAUAUCCAGUGCCAACUGGAAAACUAGGCUCUCAGCUGCUGAGCAAAUAAUGACAGAAAUUCAAGGUAUGGACUCGAAAACUGUACCCACACAAGCGCUGGUAAAGUUCAUAGCUAAACGACCUGGCCUGAAAGACACGAAUUUCCAAGUGCUGAAAGCCAAAUUAGACAUCGUGAAAUAUCUUGCAGAGAAUUGCAAAUUCACAUCGACGACAGCUAAUUGUUGCGUUACCGAAGUUGCUGAGAAAUUUUCGGACGCCAAAAAUGGGGCCGCGGCAGCUGAAACGUUGUCUGCCAUUGCUGAAGCCACGAGUCUUGGACAAGUUGCAGAUAUAGUUUUGGAGUUUGCUUUCGGGCAGAGAAGUCCCAAGGUGCAACAAGAGGCGCUUGUGUGGUUGUCUGGUGCCAUCAAGGAAUUCGGAUUUGGAAAUAUGAAUGUCAAACUCCUGAUCGAUAUGUGCAAAAAAGCCCUAUCUUCAACGAAUCCAGGAGUAAGACAGACAGUCAUCACUCUUCUGGGCAUCAUGUACCUCUAUAUGGGAGCUACCCUGAAUGUGUUUUUUGAAAAUGAGAAACCUGCCUUGAGAGACCAAAUCAAUGCUGAAUGCGAUAAGUACGAGGGGCAGAAACCUCCUGCACCUACCAGAGGUGUUGUGAAAUCUGCUAGCAGGGAUAGUUUAGAUGUAAUAGAAGACGAUGCUGAACCAGAGCCGAUCAACAUUCAAGAUCUCAUUCCAAGGGUAGACAUUAGCGGUCAAAUCACCGAAACGUUAAUCAAUGAAUUGGCUGACAGAGAUUGGAAAGUGCGACACGAGGCUCUCAACAAGCUGAUGGCGAUCAUACAAGAAGUGAAAUUCAUCAAAUCGAAUCUGGGCGAUUUGCCGCAACCUUUAGCCACCAGGCUCACAGACAGUAAUGUCAAAGUAGCCCAGACGGCCCUAGGUCUUUGCGAGAGCAUUGCCAAAGCGAUGGGUGCUCCGAGCAAGCAGUAUAUUCGAACGUUCUUUCCUGGAAUGUUGCAAGGUUUGAGUGAUAGUAAGGCUACAUUGAGGGCAUCUUCAAGAGAAGCUAUAAACACUUUCAGCGAGCAGUGUGGAUAUAAAGAGUUUUUCGAUAAUGAGAUGGUUUCCGAGGCACUAAAAUCUGGUUCUCCAACUCUCAGAAUUGAAAUGUGGAACUGGCUUGCUGAAAUUUUACCAAAAAUUCCUCCUAAAGGAGUCCCGAGAGAAGAACUUAUAGUAUGCGUCCCUUAUUUGUAUAGUAAUCUGGAAGACAGGAAUGCCGAAAUAAGAAGAAAUGCGACUGAUGCGAUCUUGGGCAUAAUGAUACAUGUUGGUUACGAGAACAUGGCGAAACAAACCGAAAAACUGAAACCCGGAUCUAAGACUGUGGUCUUGACCGCCUUGGAAAAGGUCAGACCAAAUUUACCAGCAAAACCGUUACCAAAGAAGGCUCCAGAAAAGGAAGAAAAAGCUCUCAGGGGGACCAAACCAGUGGCUAACGCCAAAACUGCUGUUAAGCCAAAGGGUGCUGCCGUUUCAAAAUCUGCUCCUCCAGCAACGGGCAGAAAGAAGGACGACGAUAUUGAUACGUCUCCUCUGCUGGUCGUGAACAAUUUGAAGCAGCAACGCUCAAUAGAUGAGGCAAAGUUGAAAGUACUCAAAUGGAACUUCACACAACCCAGAGAGGAGUUUGUGGACUUGUUGAAGGAUCAAAUGAUAACGGCGAAUGUGAACAAGAAUCUGAUGUUCAAUAUGUUUCAUUCAGAUUUCAGGUUCCAUAUUAAAGCCUUGGAAGCACUUAACGACGAUUUGGCAGAUAACAGCCAAGCGUUGAUUUCCAACCUGGACCUAAUACUCAAAUGGCUAACAUUGCGUUUUUUCGAUACAAAUCCAUCAGUUUUACUCAAGGGGUUGGAAUAUCUCCAGUCCGUUUUCAGCACGUUGAUGGACACUAAGUAUCGAAUGCUGGAAAACGAAGCUUCAUCGUUUAUACCCUACUUGAUCAACAAAAUUGGGGAUCCAAAAGAUUCAGUCCGUAAUGGAGUAAAAGCCCUGUUGAAUUUGAUAACUAGGCUGUUUCCUGUUAGUAAAUUAUUCACGUACGUUAUGGAAGGUCUAAAAUCGAAAAAUGCAAGACAGAGGGCCGAGUGCCUCGAAGUCAUGGGAUCUAUACUUGAGGAUUAUGGUAUAACAGUUUGCAUGCCAACACCAUCUGCAUGUUUGAAAGAAGUCGCAAAACAAAUUUCUGACAGAGAUAAUUCUGUGAGAAAUGCAGCAUUGAAUUGUGUGGUGCAGGCUUUCAAUAUCGUCGGAGAAAAGGUUUACCGACUGGUUGGCAAUAUUUCUGACAAAGACAUGUCCCUUCUCGAGGAACGAAUCAAACGUUCAAGUAGAAAGACAAUCGCUCCUCCUAGAGCUGAACACAAUUCUACCACUGUUGUCACAACGGUUAUUUCACCUCAGAAGGAAAAUACUCCACCGAAUAAAACUUUCCAUGAUGUCACCUCAGUCGUCAAUAAUGAUUCAAACAAUCACAAUGAUCAAGAUGAUUACAUGGAGGAGGAAAGUUUGCCUCCAGUAGCAUUACCUGUCCUGCCUCCUCAAAUAGUCCACGAACCUCCAAGAGAAAUCGACGGUCCAUUCAGACUGGACCCAGAAUUCAUGAAGGAAUUGGAACGUACAAAACCACCAAAGCCAGUGAAACCCCAGUUGAUUAAGUUGGAUUUAGCUUUCCUCAGUGAAGAAAUAAAAAUUCCAACGAUAGAAGAUGCUAGGGCAAUGGUACUUGCUAAAAAGAAAGCUGCAGCUGCCAGCGAAACUGUCAGUAAUAGAUUGAGCCUUUUGAGUAUCAAUAAAACUCCUAGUCCAAAGAAACAAGAUCCCGGAAUCGAGCAAAUGAUAAAUCAGAUGGCAUCACAGAACUUCAUUGCAGCUUUGAUGGGUAUGAACACAUUGGAUGAAUUUUUACACCAAUUGAAGGGAAACCUGAUGAUUGACUAUGAAGAUGAGUUCAUGAAUGCUGUGAUAACUCAGUUGAAGUUUCUGCAGAACCAAGAUCCCAAUUUAGACAGCAAUGUUGCCAAGAUGUAUAGAAAUUUGCUGACAGUCAUUAAUUCGUUUUAUUCUAAUAAACUAUUGGGAAACAGAGUGUCUAUCCCAGUUAUUAAAGACCUCAUUCAUCUCAUGAUAAGUCUCCUGGUCGAAGAGAAACUCAAUUAUUUAGAUAAUGGCGAGGCCUAUGUCAAAGUAAUCAAUGUCAACUGCAUGCAUGUAAUUGAGAAGUCUGAUCACACAAAUGCCAUCUGUGCUCUGGUGAAACUCAUGAACGACUGUAUCAGUAAUGAUAGUUCAAAAAGACAGAUCGAUUUGGUGAUGAAAUGCCUUUGGCGGGUGAUCAAAUGUAUGCCUCAGUGGGGUAAAGCCAUAGACUAUGAUACGGUAUUAUUAGAAGUGCAUUAUUUCCUGAAAAAAUUCCCCUCUUCCUGGUGGAAGUCUAAAGAAGUUGAUACACCUUUAAGAACAAUCAAAACUAUUGUACAUUCAUCUGUGAAGAUUAAAGGUGGUUCUAUCGUCUUGUACUUGGGAAAAAUUCCAAAUACUAGCGAAUCAGAAAUCGAAUCCUAUAUCUUACGAAUUCUCAAGAGUCUGAAAAUCACAGAAAUUCCAACCAUACCAUCGAAACAAGAAUCUCAGCGCAGAUCUCUUUCGAGAGCAAACCACAAGAUGUUGACUGAUAUCUUUCAAAAAAUCGGCGGCAGCAAAGACGAAAGUAAAGAAGGAUUCACUCUGUUGUACGAUUUCAUGCAACAACAUCCAGAAGCCGACAUAGAGCCCUUCUUAGCCAAUUCGAGCAAGAUCUUUCAAGAUCAUAUAAAAAAUGGAUUGAAGGAGAUAGAGGACUCUAGAAAUAACGCGAGAACCACAAUAGUUGCGAAAGCAACUGUCCAUUCUUCAGAAAAAAAUGGUGAUGUGGUUUCUCAGCCAAAUCUAUCCGGGAAAUUGGAACAAUUUUCGCAGAGGUUGAAAAUGUGGAAUCAAGUUUUCGAAGAUAUUGAUGCUGGAAAGAAACCCAAUUACCCUACAGAUUGAUAUGGUUCCGAAUUUCGUCAUCAAGUAUGAUAUUAGAGUAUUUUUGUCCUCUCUUAAUCGUUUUAGUGCACAUAGUUGUGACCACAAUAAUAUCAAGCUGGUUAAUAUUAUGAUGAGGUGUACAAUUUUCCCAGACCCAGUAUGUGAUAGCUUAUAUUUAACUUGUUUUAGUCUCCUAACAAUUUCGAUGACUUUUGAUCAUUUUUUUGUCUUUUGCUCUUAUGUACUUUUUUUUACUUUGUUUUUUUAUACUUCGCUAUUUAAUAUAUUGAUUUUUAGAUAUAAGUAAAUUAGUAACCUUUUACUGUUAUUUAUGGUACUAGUUCUUCGGUUGAAUAAAUAUCAGUUUUUAUUAAAUU